AUGGCAUUUAUAUGUGAGCUGAGUGACGAUUUGCUCGUAAACAUACUGUCAUUGAUAGAGAAUACGAAAGAAGUUGUGGGUACUAGUCUUGUGUCAAAACGAUGGCGUUCUCUGUGGAAACUUGUUCCAAGGCUUGACGCGUCAAGUUCAGAUUUGAUCAACAACUUUCUGACGCUAAGCAAGGCUCCAGUUCUAGAAACACUCCACCUCAGACUCGAUGAGAAUAGCUAUGAACCUGAAGAAAACGAAAGAUGGGUUAGUAUCGCAGCAGCUAGACAGGUUCGUGAUCUCGAGCUUCGUCGUUACGGUUUCCGCCGCACUUCCAUGCUGCCGUGUCCUAGGAGUUUAUUUACAUGUAAAGGACCCGUGAUUUUAUGUCUCCAACAAGUGUCGAUUUGCGAUAUUCCUUCGACAGUAUUUCUCCAGACACUCAAGACUCUGUCCCUUGUAUGUGUCAAAUUCGUCUCUGGGGAUGGACUCGUUCAUAGGCUUUUAUCCGCUUGCCCUAUCCUCGAAACGCUGACUGUAUGUCGAUGGUCGGAGGACGGUGUGACAACCUUCGCAAUUGCGAUCCCGUCAUUGCAAAACUUGUACAUCAUGCAAAGACCAGAUAGCGAUGGGUUAGAAUACGACUGCGAGUAUGUCGUUAAUGCUCCUGCUCUAAAGACCUUGAAAGUUUUGGAUAAAUUUUGUCACUUCCGUUCAUUAGUGAAAAUGCCUAAGCUGGUUAAGGCAGAAAUCAAGAUUAGACAAGAGGACUCCGAGAAGCUUAUGGGAUGUCUAACUUCAGCCAAACAUCUUUCCUUAUGUCUUACCUCAGCAGCCACGACGCCAAAAUCUUUUGAAUUUCUCUGUCAGGUCGAGUAUCUAGAGCUAUGCACUAACUGCUCUUCAGAUUGGUUGUCUCUUGUACUAAGACAUUCCCCUAAACUGCGAGUUUUGAGGUUAAGUCGAAAAAACUGCGGCAUGUUCAGAGAGUGUGUGCCUCAGUGGGAUUUUGAAGCACAAAGGGGUUUUGAAGUUCAAUGGGAGAAACCGUGUUGUGUUCCUGAAUGUUUGGUGUCUAGUCUCGAAAGUGUUGAGUGGGUUGGGUACAGAGGAACAGAAGCAGAGAAAGAAGCGGCGAUUUACAUUUUAGACAAGUCAAAACACCUAAAGAAGAUGACAUUAUACCGAAAAAUCACCAAUUUGAGGGAGAAAUACCGUACACUGAUAGACUUGAAGUCCAGGAUGAGUUGUGGUAGCACAUGUCGGCUUGAGUUUGUGCCCUUGUGAUUGGUUUCUUUCUUUUUUUUUUUUUCUUUUUUUUUGAACAAGUGAUUGGUUUCUUUCACUUCUUGCUUUUUAAUUCUUCUUAUGUCUAUGUCUUAUCUCAAACUUUGUUUUGUGAGAACCAAUCUCUUUAUUUUAUGGUUCGUUUUGGAUAUUUAAUUGGAUUUUUCUUUCAGC